AUGCCGUCCCGCCUCAGCUUCUCUCCGCCCAUUCUCAACGCCGCUUGUCCAUGGGCAACGGACCUCACCUUCCUCCGACCCCUCUACGCCUCCCCUUCAACGGGCGCAAUCACGACCCGCACCUCCCUCAUCGAGGGGUAUCCGCACGAUGAUGCAGUCAACACAUUCCUAUUCUUCGACUCUGGCGCACAAGACUCGACCUCUUCUGCUCCCGCAUCCUUCCCAUCAUCCGACUAUAGCCGGACAUCCUCGCUCAACAGUUUCGGCCUGAGUCCUAUCAAGCUCGCAGGAUACCUUGACAUGAUUCGGACGCUGGCAAAGGAGAACCCGCGUUCUUCCAAGCCCAUCAUCGUAUCCGUCACUGGCACGCCGGAGAGCUGCGCAAAGGCUAUUGAGUUGGUCGAAGGGGUGGCGCGCGAGGUUUCUAUCCCCCUCGCGGUGGAACUGAACCUCUCAUGCCCCAACGUUCCAGGCCACCCACCCCCUGCGUAUUACGCCGACGAGCUGCGGGGUUUCCUCGCUGCCAUCCCAGCUACUUGCAGCGUUCCCGUCGGUCUUAAAACGCCUCCAUACACCCACGGGGACCAGUUCAACAUGCUGGUCGACGCGCUGGCUGAGAGCGGACGCGUGUCUUUCCUCACGAGCACCAACACCCUCGGAAACUGCGUGGUGAUGGCGGAGGAGAAUGGCGAGCCAAGCCCCGUCCUCCCUAGCGAGGGCGGUUUCGGUGGCAUGGCUGGACCAGCGAUCCACCCGCUUUCGCUGGGCAACGUUGCGUCGCUGCGCACCCUCCUUGACCAGCGGGGACUCGACAUCGACAUCAUCGGUGUCGGCGGCGUAUCUGACGGCCAGGGCUACCGGCGCAUGCGCAAGGCAGGCGCCAAGUACAUCGCGGUUGCCACGGCGCUGGGGAAGCAGGGACCAGCCGUCUUCGACCGGAUAGUCACCAGUAUCGAGCGCCAGGCCAAGUUGUAG